CAAACCUUAUCACAGUUUACGGUUUUGAUUCUCUUGGCGCUGUUCAAUUAACGGCUUGUCUCAAAGAUGAAUUUGGCAUAGAACUCGCGCCUGCUCUUAUUGUGGAUUAUUAUACAAUCGCUGAUUUGGCGGUUCAUAUUUAUAACCAGUUAAAUGAAAAGGUUGUAUGUGAGAAUACUAAUGAAGUAAUGCCUCUCGAACAAAUUCAAAGUAAAAUUGCGAGUCAAGUUCAUGUUGUAUCUAAAGUUGCGGCAAAGAUUCCAUUAGAUCAACUUAAUUUCAAUGCUAAUCUCAUUACCGAUUAUGGAUUUGAUUCGCUUGCUGCUGUGCAGUUGACUGCUUCAAUGAGUCAAAUAUUUGGUAUUGAAAUAGCUCCAACAUUAUUAUAUGACGUUCAUACAAUUGGAGAUUUGGCAAAUCAUGUUUAUAAACAACUUUCAGAAAAUAAAUCGUCCGGGAAAAUAUCGCAAUCACAAGAACAUUUAAACAAACCUCCAAAGGAGGAAAUACGUUUAAUACCAUUGGCCCCACGUACCAUAGUCAAUAAACAUAAUCCAACACUUUACUGCGUUCACCCACUUCUAGGAAAUGUUGCUAGUUAUGUUCAUUUAUCUCGUAACCUUGGAAUUACUCGUCCUGUAUAUGGUAUUCAAGCACCUAACGAUGUUGAAAGUGACAUUCCAUCAAUGGCCGAGAGAUACGUUAAGGCAAUUCAAGAUGCACAAUCUUCAGGACCUUAUUUCCUAUGUGGAUAUUCUUAUGGUGGUCUUAUCGCAUGGGAAAUGGCCAGAAUAAUACAAAAAUUCGGAUCUAAAGUCGGAGGGCUAUAUCUUAUUGAUGCACCAUCACCCCUAAUGAAUCGUGUUCGACCACCGCUUAGUGCAUAUAAUGAACCACAUAAAAUCUGGGAAUCAGAUAUUGAACAACUUCUCACUGACGUUGACAGUCAAUGGAUGCACCGUCAAGGAUCAAGCGAUCCAAUAGAGAUCGAAGCUUUCAAAAGGAAAGUUGGCAUACUAAUAGCAUCAAUGUAUAGUCAUACAGCAGAUAUUACUACCGUAGACUCUAUCCAAUCAUUCCCAAUUCAUUAUUGGAGGGCGAAAGAAUUUGCAGGAAAAACAAGUAAUUUAUUACUUGAUCAUCCGUUAUUUAAUGAACCGAAUUUUGGAUGGGAACGUUAUCAAG